AUGAAGUGUGGGAAGGCGCCGGGCCCAGACGACAUCUGCGCCGAGCACCUGCGCCACCUGGGCCCGGGUGCCAAGACCACUUUCCUCCGACUGCUGAACCUGUCCUGGUCCACAGGCCAGGUACCGUCUGCGUGGCGCCGGGCGACCAUCAUCCCAGUUCCCAAAGCUGGGAAGGACCCAAAGAUGAUCGCCAGCCAUAGGCCGAUUGCGCUCACUAGCCACCUGGCGAAGCUGGCCGAGCGCCUAAUCGCCGCCCGCCUCAACCAUCUGGUAGAGCGCGAUGGACUCGUGCCGCCCGAACAGGUCGGCUUCCGACGAGGCAGAUCGGCUGAAGAGAACCUGGCAAGACUGGUGCAGCGGGUCCAAGAUGGCUGGAACAAGCCGAAACCGAGAGGACGACCGGAAGAGGGCAAGACCGCGGAAAAGUUUGUACUCCUCGCCUUCGACUUCUCACGGGCGUAUGAUGUCAUCGAUCACAAGAUGCUCCGCCUCAAGCUCCUCCGCCUGGGGGUGCCCAAGUGCAUGUCCGCAUGGAUAUGGGCGUUCCUCCGGGACAGGAGAGCUGCGGUCGAGGUCAACGGCGCCCGAGGAGGCGAGCGCCCGUUCCGGGCCGGACUCCCGCAAGGCAGUGUUCUGGCCCCAACGCUUUACACGCUGUGGUCGGCCGACCUGAUCACGGCGCUCAAGACCGUGCCAGGCACAGACAUCUUCAUGUAUGCCGACGACACGGCGACGCUCAGCAGCGGCGCCUCCAUCGAAGAGGCCGGCCGCCGAGCCCAGCGAGCUGCGGACAUCAUCGCCAGCUGGGCAUCAAGAUGGAAGAUGCGGGUCGCCGGCGAGAAAACACAGGCCCUCGUCCUAUCCCAAUGGGCCCGCGACGCGUCGAGCUUGAGCAUCAAGGUGUCUGGCGCCGUGGUGACUGCCGGCCCCUCCCUCAGACUCCUGGGCGUGACCUUUGACCGCCUCCUUCACUUCGGCGCCCACUGUGCCGAGCUGCGCAAGAAGGUCCGCCCCCGUGUCGCCCAGCUGCGACGCAUGACCGGGAGGAGCUGGGGACUGGGCGAACGCCAAUUGAGGUCGGUGGCCAACGGGUACAUCAGGGGGGCCUUAGAGUACGCGGCGGGGGCGUGGAUGCCUGCGGCCUCCGCUUCACACCUGGAGCUGGUCGACAGGGAGCUGCGGGCGGCGGCCCGGGUGAUAACCGGCUGCCCCGCCUCAACACCCGCCUUCGCCCUGCUGUCGGAGGCGGGCAUGCCCGCCGCAUGCACGCGCCGCUCGGUGGUGGCAGCCAGGCUACUGGGCCUGGCGAUGUCCCUGCCAGAGGGCGACCCUCUCCGAGCCCUGGCGGAGUCGACCCCGCCGCGCCGCCUCAAGACGACGACCGGAUGGAGGGACCGCGGUCGCGAGGCCCUAGCACGGGUCUGCCGCGGCGGCGCGCCGCUGACCUUUGAAGCGCGGCUAGCAACCGCCGGGCCGCCGUGGCGCGAUGUCCCCGGUGUGACCAUCGUCCUGGAGGUGGGUCCCGGGGGACGCCGCGACUGCCACCCGGACACAAGACGAGAGGCAGCGGAGAGCCGUCUGGCGGAGCUUCCGGCCGAGGCGACCUGGAUAUGGUCAGACGGCUCCGCCGCGGAUGGGGUGCUGAAUGGAGGAGGAGGAGCCACCAUCAUUUCCCCGAACGGCGACAUCAGGGAGGUGCGUGUCGCGGCAGGCGCCCUCUGCUCCAGCACCCGCGCGGAGCUAUUCGCCCUGAGAGCGGCGCUGGAGGAGCUCCUGAACAUGGAUGGCCGUGACACCUCCCUUCCGACUGUCGUCUGUACCGACUCGAUGGCGGCGCUGGCCCUCCUGCGGAGCGGCCCGGCGACCCAGAGGACUCCGCUGGCCGCAGAUAUAUGGAGGCUGCUGGCCGCGCUCACCGAGGGGGGCCAACCAGUAACCAUGCAGUGGGUCCCUGCACACUGCGGGCUCCCCGGUAAUGAGCGAGCGGACGCCCUCGCCCGAGAGGCCAGCGCCCUACCCCAACAUGACACUCCGAUCGACGGUGGCACGAUAUGCAAGGCCGUUGCACGAGACGCUGCGCGCGCCUGGCAGCGGAGCUGGCCGGACGGCUGGUACCGGGCGAUAUGGGCCGACCGCCGUCCCGGCCCCGUCCUGGAGGCCGACCGUGCCGUCGCGGUUGAUAUUCACCAGCUCCGAGCAGGACACUGGAGCGGCUCGGCGCAGUACCUGCACCGCAUCGGCCGCCGUCCCGAGGCCGACUGCCCGCAGUGCAAUGACAUGGGCUGCCCUGCUGCACGAUGCCGCGUCUGCCGCGAGGAGGCGGACACUCCACGACACGUCCUGCUCCGAUGCCCGGCGCUGGCGGGACGCCGCCUGCGGCGCCUGGGUAAUAUUCACCUGGAAGCGUCUAUGGCAAGGGACGACGGCGCGGUGGCGGCCUUGGCCGCCGGCUACCGCGCCCAAUUGAGCCUCAUCGGCUACGCCCCCUAG